AUGUCGGAUUCCAAUCAGAAGUCGUACCUUCGCGACGGAAGCGGGCCUCGUGCUGUCGACAGCAAGAGUCGAGGCAGCAGCCGACGCGAUGACGACAAACAGCGAUCAAAACACAGCUCGUCAAGACGGCCAUCGGAUUCAAAGUCCAGCAGCCAUCGUCGGGAGGCGUCAGUAGCGUCCAAGUCGGAGGGUCCUACAUUCGAGCUUGAUGUCAUUGGACAACCAUCCAGAUCUAUCAUAUUCGGGCAAACGGUUGAGACAUCCGUCAUGGUCAGCUUGCAAUGUCCAUCACCAGAAGUUGCUGCGAGGUACCAAGGCAUGGACACUUCACGUCUCAUGGGCGUCGUAUCACUCGUCGCCGACUCCAGAAGCGGCGGACGAGUACCCGUCGAAUGCGGCACCCUUACCGGCCAAAAGAUGUUCGACUCAGUACAUGAGUGUUCCAACGAUAUCGCGGAGAGCCUUGCACGCAGCCAACCUAGCCGUCUCGCACUCGGCUACCUGACAUUUCCACAACUACUCAUCCGACAACCUGGAUCAUAUCGACUACGAGUCACACUUAUCAAGAUGGGUGGCUCUGGAUCAUCUGGAGGCUCAACAGUCCUGGCAACCGACAGUGAAACCAUCAAAGUCGAGCGACGCAGCACAGGAACCAGCACUAGCACCUCGCGCAAGCACGGGAGAUCAUAA